UGGAGCUUUUAGCUGCCAGCCCUGGCCCAUCAUGUAGCUGCAGCACAGCCUUCCCUAACGUUGCAACUGGGGGAAAAAUCACUUUCCAGUUUGUUUUGCAAGGUGUGCAUUUCCACCUUGAUUCCCUGAAAGUCCAUCUGCUGCAUCGGUCAAGAGAAACUCCACUUGCAUGAAGAUUGCACGCCUGCAGCUUGCAUCUUUGUUGCAAAACUAGCUACAGAAGAGAAGCAAGGCAAAGUCUUUUGUGCUCCCCUCCCCCACCAGAGGAAAGGGGAAAAUGUCUCAGUCGAAAGGCAAGAAGCGAAACCCUGGCCUGAAAAUUCCAAAAGAAGCAUUUGAACAACCUCAGACCAGUUCUACGCCACCUAGAGAUUUAGACUCCAAGGCUUGCAUUUCUAUUGGAAACCAGAACUUUGAGGUGAAGGCAGAUGAUCUGGAGCCAAUAGUGGAGCUGGGACGAGGUGCAUAUGGAGUGGUGGAGAAGAUGCGGCAUGUACCCAGUGAGCAGAUCAUGGCAGUGAAGCGGAUCCGGGCCACUGUGAAUAGCCAGGAGCAGAAAAGGCUAUUGAUGGAUUUGGAUGUCUCCAUGAGAACAGUAGACUGUCCAUUUACUGUCACGUUCUAUGGUGCACUUUUCCGGGAGGGAGAUGUGUGGAUCUGCAUGGAGCUCAUGGAUACGUCACUAGAUAAAUUCUACAAACAAGUUAUUGAUAAAGGCCAAACAAUUCCAGAGGAUAUCCUAGGGAAGAUAGCAGUUUCUAUUGUAAAAGCACUAGAACAUUUACACAGUAAGCUCUCUGUCAUUCAUCGGGACGUCAAGCCUUCGAAUGUGCUAAUUAAUACCCUGGGCCAAGUGAAGAUGUGUGACUUUGGAAUCAGUGGCUACCUGGUGGACUCUGUUGCUAAAACAAUUGAUGCAGGUUGCAAACCAUACAUGGCCCCUGAAAGAAUAAAUCCAGAGCUCAACCAGAAGGGAUACAGUGUGAAGUCUGACAUUUGGAGUCUGGGCAUCACUAUGAUUGAGCUGGCCAUCCUUCGGUUUCCCUACGAUUCGUGGGGAACUCCCUUUCAGCAGCUCAAACAGGUGGUAGAGGAGCCAUCACCACAGCUCCCAGCAGACAAGUUCUCUGCAGAGUUUGUGGACUUCACCUCACAAUGCUUGAAGAAGAAUUCCAAAGAACGGCCUACAUACCCCGAGCUUAUGCAACAUCCAUUUUUCACCCUACAUGAAUCCAAAGCAACAGAUGUGGCGUCUUUUGUAAAACUGAUUCUUGGAGACUAAAAAUCAAUGGACUUAAUCAAUUGACCCUACUGUGGAUUGAUGGGUUUACAGGGCGAAGCAAGUUCACUACAGCGCCAAUAGAAAGUCAUCUUUGAGAUCAUUUAACCCUGCCUCCCUGAGGGUUUUCUUUCCCUAUUUUUUUUUCUUACCCCCCUCCUAAGGGGGUCUUGGAAUCUAUAGCAUAGAAUGAACUCUCUAGAUGGAUGAAAUAUGAUAAAGGCUUAGGACUUUAAAAGGUGAUUAAAUAUUUAAUGAUGUGCCAUACAAGUUCCUAAGCUUCUCAGAUUUCUCUUGUUCUUUACAAAAUGAAUGCGUUGGCCCUGGCAAAAAGGUGCUACAGUAGUGAUGAAAUUAUAAGUAGAUUUGUAGUUUGUUCCAUUUAUUAUUUUAAUAUUUAUGUUUAAGCGCUUGGCUGGAAAGAUUCCAUUUUAUGCAAGAAGGGAGAUACAGAAGAGGAUUGGGUUAGCGAUAUUUAUAGGGCUUUUAUUUUUUAAGUUUGAUUGUGUCUGUGUUCCAGAAGAAAUAAUUUAAUAUGCAUCUUUAAGAAUAUUAUAAAAAUCUCAAAAAAGGAGUUCUUGUGAAAUGUCUCUUCUAGUUGUGGCUUGCAGCCAUGCGCACAAACUAACUCAGUCCUGGGUGAUCAUCUUGUGUUUUAAGUGAAGUGUCAAAGUAUCUUGCUUCUACUUUUUCCCCAACUUUGGAAAACAUAAAAAUCACUUUUAUCACAGCUCAAAGACUAAAAAAUUUGGUUCUCUUGACAUUUGUGGUAUAGUAUUAGUGGAAAGUGAUUUGUGAUGUGAUUUUAUAUCUAUCCACAUAUUCACAUAUCUGUGUGUGUGUGUGUGUGUGUGUGUGUGUGUGUUAAAUUGAGUUCUACCUGGCAAAUCACAGAGCGAAUUGAUGCCUUCUGCUUUUGUCCCUCCUGCACUGGGUAAGCCCCAAGGAUUGCCUCUGUAAUUGGUGUACUCUUUUGCUUUGUUUGUUUUCUCAUACAAUGAAAAAGCCUUACUAUGAUUGGAAGAGAAGAAAAUUAAAGCCAGUUAGUAGUUUUCUGACAAAAUAAAAAGAUAAAGAGGAAGGUUGAAUUAAUUUCUAGGAAUAGACGCCAGGUUUCCACAGGAUUAGUGAAGGCUAUGUUUUUUCCUCAAUAAUGUAGGGUAGCAAACUCCAUACUAAAUUCCUAGCAGGUUGAUUGCAGAGCCAAAUUUUUUCUUGAGGAUAAAAACAACUACAGGUUCUCUGAUUUGAAGAUUUUUCUUUUUUUAUGAUUAAGGAGUGAAAUGAUUGAUAGAAGAAAUACAGACCUGUCCUAAAUAACCAGGAAUCAUUGCUUUUGACAGUAGUGUUUAUCAGGGCUAUGCUGAAGAUGAAGGUGGUUUAUUUAAAAAAAGGGAAAAAAGCCACGUUAUUUCUUUCCUUGCCUCAAGUUCUCCAGAGUGGAGGCAUUGAUCCCUUCACUUUUCCCUUCCUUCUCCUAUUAGAUUUGAAAUGCAGUAGUAUAUUUUUCUCUGUAUUUUCUUGUCUUGUUCUUGACGUCUUGCUCUUGAGGCUGCACAGAGUAUUUUUUCAUGUGCCACUCCAACAAAUAUACAUUUGAUUAAAUAGCAGCUUCAUGUCCUGUCUUCAUUUUUUUCUAGCCAGAGCGAGGGUCCUAACCUUGUGAUUAUAGCCAUGUAAUUUCUCAUCCACCUUCCUACAUCUGGAAGUUUCUCUCUUUGAGAUCAGGAAAAGUUACAACCUUAUUCCCGCUCUAUUUACUCAUUUUCUGAAAACAGAAAGUAUUGGGAGAAAAAUCUAUGGUCAAUCCAUUAUAGAUCUAUUUAAACUAUUAAAGUAAAUAAUCCUUUUUGUCUGAGUCAGAUUAUUCCUACCUGUUUAUGUACUUUGAAACAUUCUUAAGGAAAAGUGCAUUUUUUAUUGGUGUGUCUAUUUAGCUGGUAAAUGCAGGGCUGGAACUUGUAGAAGAGUCCAUAGUAGGGAAUAAGUUGGUCUAAGGUUCUCAACCCUGGUGCGCUUUGGAAGCAUCUAAAGAGUCUGUGAACACUCCUAACAUCAAAGCCUUAACCACUGGAGACUUUCCAUCAGGCUGCGGUCUAGAAAGUGGUACUUUUUUUUUUAAGAAAAAACAAUCCUCAUAUGAUUCUGAAAUGAUAGCAUUGCAUUGGACUUUUUAAGGACAGAACUGACUGGAAAUUACUUUCUUUCAAAUAUUUGCGGAGAACAAUAAGUGAUUGUAGAAGAACAAGAGCUCCUAUUUCUUUUGCAAUAUCUUUAUCACUAUCAGGGAGGGCAUGUUACUGGGAUCACUGAUUGGAAAAUUGAAAUACCUUUUCCCCAGAGAAACAAUUAUUUACUUGAUGACUAAGUAAGUAUCUUGUCUACCAAGAUAUGAUGGCUUGAUAGCCUUAGAAAUCCAAAUUUUAGAGCAUGGUUUUGUUUCUAAGGAAUUAUGUUACUGGCUUGUAAACUUUAAAAAACCAAGGCAGAUAAAUUAUAUGUAAGUUGAGAGUCUCCUGUACAUAUAGACAGAUAUGUAUGAAGUGUUUAAUUCUCUGCCACCAUGGACCACCUGAUUGUCAGCCCUGGCUCUAUCAAUGUAUUACAAGAUCAGCAUAGCUCUAUGUCAGAGAUAAUGCUUAUUUUUCAAAUGUAUUUGACUUGGUAUCAUAUAGUUGUCCAUAGUAUAAAUUUUCUUUAUAUUUAUAAAAAUAUCCACUUUUCUCUAUAUAUUGUUGAUUUAAGAAGUGUGCCAAGAACUUAAUGUGAAGGAUUUUGAAGAUGAUUACUAUCUGUGUGUAUGUAUCAUGGAAUAUUGCUCUUGAGAGAAGCUACCUUGAAACAUUGUAUAUUUAUAUAAAUAAUUUUACUAAAAUAUUUUUGCCACUUCUCUUUCAGAAAUCCAUUCUUUCCCUACAUGUAUCACCAUCAUGUUAGAAGUAUGCUUUCGUUUGGUUAGUUUGUUUCUUUUUUUGCUUGUUUGUUUUUAUUUUUGUUAGAGGAGUCCUUAGUAGUUUGUGUCCAUUUUGACGUAACUGCCUGGUUUAUCAGUUUAGCAGGAAAUUGUGUUUGGAAGUUUCUACAAAUUGAAUCUGCCCUCAGAGUUGAAAUUUUAUCAUCACCAAAUCUUUGCAAAAUAUUUUGUGGGUUCAGGAAAUAAUUUCAAAUGAUGAUUUCCUCCUCAAAAUAUAUGCUUAGAUGUAUAUAUUGAUAAAUCAUCAAUGUAGUCAUUUAUUUUACACAUGAUCAAAGACCUUGGAUGGAGGAAUAAGCCAUUGUUUCAAAGACUCUAUUUGGUCAUGCUGAAAGACAGAAUAAUUGGUUAAAUAAACAGCUUCUAUCUUGGUUAGACCAUUUGAAAUGGAAACAAGUAUGUCUGGUAUAGCUCAAAAUUGUUUGUAUUUUAGAGUUCCUACAUAUCCUCCAAACCUAACAGAAAUUAUCCAGUAUAUGGCAGAGGUUUCCAGACUUUCUCUGUUUACGGUGCCAUUAGUUGGAAAAAAUAAUAAUUUUUUCCAUGGUGCCCUAGGCCAAAAUAUUUAAUAGUUCAAUGUAUCAGGGAAUUAAGUUCACAGAGUUUAAUAGUAGCAUUUUGUCUCCUGUCCUUCAGAUGUUAUAGUGUUUCCCUUAAAACUUUGCAGUAUCUUCCUGUGUCUGUGAGUUUACAUUGACAUCUUAGCAUAUCUCAGUACACAUAGUUUGGGACCAUAGACAUAUAAUGUUAUGAUGAUGUUUGCUGUAUAGUUACUGACCUUCAAGGUUGAAUUCUUGGUUAUUCAAUGCUCUAUGUGAUUUCACUCUGUCUUGUUAUUGUUUUUGAAUUUUUCUGGCUAAUUCAUUUUUUAAGGCUAGCCUGUCAUUCUUUGAUAUUCCUUAUUGCCAACUGUCAUAAUGUAGAAAAUGGAAUAUUUAUAAGACCCAGAACUAGAGGAGGUUAGUGCAAAACAAAUGAAAUCCCUGAUUUCUCCAAGUGAACUUGAUGUAGCGUCUUUGUAAAUAACUACAAAGGAGGCAGAAGAGAGAGAUAUUUUAUGCUCCAACACUAACAAGAAAUUUCAUUACCUGUGCUCAGAGAAAGUAUUUUGUUUCUCUCAAAAGUUUCUAACAAAAACACUUCGUCUUUGGCCUAAAAGUUCAAUGGAUACCUAGUUCCUAAUUUCUCACUCAUAUGUUUUUGUUUUUUGGCUAUUUAACUCCCACCGACCUUGUUGGUAAGGUUCAUAUAUUCAUAAAAUUCAUCAGAGCUGAUAUUUGGAUCUAGCAAAAUAAAUUAAAUUUCUAUUGUGCUUGCAUUUUUGCCUUCUUAACAUGAUUUUUCUGGUCUAAGGAUUCUUCCAUUUUUAUUGAAUUAGCAAAUGAAAGAUAAUAAAUUUCACCUCAAUGAUACUUUCUUCCCCACCCAAUUUUCAAAUGAAAGGAACAGUUUUCACUUAGAUCCUGAAAACUUGCAUAUUCAGAAGGAAAAAUGCAAGUGUGAAAUCUAGAAGAGAAUGCCACCAAAUCCGAUGACUAAAAUAUUGAUAUCCUAAAACUUUUAUGUUCAUCUUUUCUAGGGGUGUGUGUAUGUUUUAGCACUGUUAAAAGAGCUCGAUAUACUCUUUGGUUUUCCUUUGACUUUGUUUGGAGUACUCUGGAUUCUUUCAAAACUCUGUUGAAAGGACUUUAUCCUAGGAAAGAGUACAUUAUACAGAAAACGUAAUUUGCAAACAUUUCUUUAUUGGGAGGGGUUGUGCUUAUAAACCCUACAAUAGAUAACUCUAGAAUGUAGACAUGAAUCCUAGAUCAGAGUUGACAGAUUUUCUGUUACAGGCCAAAUAGUAAAUCUCUUUGACUUUGUGUUUUAUGCAGUAUUUGUUGCAACUACUCAAAUCUGCCAUUGUAUUGUGAAUGCAUUCAUAAGUAAUUUGUAAAUGAAUGAACACGGCUAUAUUCUAAUCAACUCUUAUUUACAAAGCCAAUUGAUAGGCCAGAUUUGGCCCAAGGGCCAUAGUUUGCCAAUACCUGUCUUAGGUCAACAAAAUACAGAAGUACAAGAUAGAUAUGGUUCUUAAUAUCUUUUUUUUAAAAUCAGACCAGGGAUCGAACUCACGACUGCACGCUUGCAAGGCAGGCCCUUAUGCUGCUGAGCUAAAUCUCUAGCCCAGUUCUUAAUAUCUUGAAAUGUGUCCACCUUGUGGAUUUGUCUGCUUUUUUCAGGAAGCAAAAAGUAGUUUGGAGUCAGUGUCCAGGGCACGCCUCAUUUUCACUGUGACUGCAGGCUCUUGCAGACCCCCUGUGCACUGUUUCUGAAGUUAGGAAAGUACUCUUCUUUUCAAAUCAAUCAGUAAAUUUCUGUUUCAAGGGGCCUCUGCAGAAUGGCUCCUUGUGAUGUGAUUUGGGGGGGUUGCCAGCCAUGGUUGAUUUUUUGGGUGCCAAAGCCAUUUCCUGCUUCUCUACUGAACCAGAACAGCUAUACAACUACUCUCACAUCUGUCAGUAUUGCACCCUCUGAGCUGUGCAGAGUCCUGUGCAGAUGAGUCUUAGCCAGUGACCUGAGUUUCCCCCUUUCUGUUCUAGAAUAGAGCACAUCUUAAGCUGUAGUCUGUUUUUCAGAAUUACAUUUCCUGCUGCAUGAUCAGCCUAAUGCCCUGAAUGUCAGCUGGAGAGUCCUUAAAGCAUAUACAAGUGCUUGAUCUGCAAUUUACCUAGAAGAGUGCUUUCUCUUCACCUGGCAAACAAAAUCUGAAUUCUAGAGCUUUCACCAUGAAAUUAUCCUCCCAAGGGAAGCACGUUCCCAUCAAAUUCAUCACUUGCCACCUGUUCCUGGUGACUAUCAAGAUGUGUCUUUCUUUUGAAAAUUUAGACUGCUAUUUACAGUUAUGCAAAUAUUAUGCUGUUACAUGUUUCCAAAUGGUGUCUUUUGAAAUCAAAAAUUUACUUGGGUGAAGAUUUUUAGCUCCUGCCCCAAACUUUUUCAAGCCAAAUUCCUCUAAAACCUUCUUUCUCUUUUGAAGUAAGUAUAACCCAAGUAAAAAGAGUUGCAAAGCAAGGUCAAGGAUUUCAUUAUAGGAAAUUUUUGGUUUUCAGAAGCCAAUAUCAUCUCCUAACACAAACAAAUUAAUAGAACUUAAAAAUAUGCUGUUUAAUUCCUUGGACAUUCAGUAUUUUUACAUCACUUGAAUUAUCGCUAGAAUGGAACAUCAAGGGGUUUAUUGUUGGGAGUUUGCAAUUAGAUUUUGAGAGGUUUUAUUGUAUUUGUUCUCUUUUUUAACCACAGUUUCACAAGCUUAUUGUAAUUUUUUGAAUUGUAACAAUUUGUAUUUGUUCUUAUACUUGUCAGUAUGAACAGACCUUUGUUUUUAUGUAGAGUUAGUCUUGACAUGCUCCAGGGUCUUAUGAGUUUAUACAUUUGCAUUUCUGAAAGUCAGGGUCUCAUUCAAGCAAUGAGGCCUUUGUGGCUUGGCAGGAAAAGCAAGGGCAAGGGUAGGCACUUACUUGUGUCUUCAUGUGGGAACCAGAAUUUCCUAAGGAGGUUCUAGAGUGAGUCAUUAACCGUUUUUAGUAUUUUUUUCUCAUAGAAUUCUUUCAAAGAUCAGAGUUGAUUUAAUACUUCUGCAAAAAGGAACUGAUAUAUCCAUUUUCAUGUAUCAAAAAAUAAAAUGGACAAGUGUACACCAUCUGACUAAAUGGACUAUUUCCCCAGUUCUUGAAAAUGUAAGGGAUUUCUGAGAGAACCUUUAAGCAAAACUCCCAUUAAAAUAUGAGUGUUUGUAGUAAGAACGUCCAUUUGGCCUUUCCAAAAGAGCAGUUAAAUUGGGCAUGUGCUUUUCUGCAGCAAUAUUUAACAUCCGUGGAUCAUUACCUAUUGUAGUAGAUUCUGUGAGAUACUUAAAGCAAGUAAGCAUUGUUUUCAGAGUUUAUCACUGGGUUUUGGAGAUGAAAGCUGAAUGGUGAUGUGAUAUCAUGUUUGAGGACUGGGAGAAAAGAUAAAUCAAAGAGCAAUGAAAGAAUAAGCUGAUAAAAGGAUGAAAGGGCAGGUAUAUCCUUGGCCUUAGGUUAUGGAAAUGUUCUUCUGUGAAGAAACGCAUCAAAACACUGACCCUGCUUUUUUUUACAUAAAAAAUAUUGAAGUAUGAACAGAUUCAGACAGUGAUGUUAAUUUCUUUUUGCUUCUCUAAUGGCAUUGACUUGAAAGGGUCUCCAUUUUAAGCCAAUGAUGUCUGCAAGAGACAUCAUUCAUUGAGAGGUGAUAAGGUGAUUGAGACGAAGAACAAUUGCUUGAAGCAUUUUGAGAGUAUACAGCUCAUCCAUCAGUUACUUCUUGAGUACAAUAAUAGCGUACAAAUCCAGAACUCUCUAACCUUUAAUUCCGGUGACAGUUUUAAGAAGCCCAAAUAAGGUUUUCUGAGAAGGAUCGGUACAUUUUGCACCCCACAAUGCAGGAGGCUGUGAUGGCUUUUAGAAACAUACUACAUGUCUGCGUGAGAAAUAGAAUUAUAAUUUACAAGUUUAUCACUUGAAAAGAGUUUGAAUUUUCAGUACUUUGGGGAUCUUUUGUGAGCAGAAGAGAAAUGUGGUUCAAGUCAGCUUUGCUCAUCUGAACCCCGUCAACCUCCAAUCAGAAUGUAUGGCUACCAAUAGUGUUCCAUUUAAUUGGAAGUCUGUGGCUCCUGAGACCUCAGAAAUGAAAUGACCACUUGCAUAUCUUAAAGAACCCCCAAAUCUGGGAAACUUUGGAGUCAACCAUGUCUGUGAAUGUGGGGGCUUUUGCUAUAAUUAAUAUACCAAAAAGGCUAAGGAAUUGAGAUAUUAAAAUAGAGAGGAGUGUUUUAUUUUAAUUUUUAAGCAGAAAUCAUUUCAAAGUAAGUGCCUGAAAUCAAUAUGUGAAGGCCUUGUAGUAUAGGUCCUUAAAUGAGUUAUUUUCUAAAGUAGUUGAGCACAACCUGACUCUCCUUUCUUCUCUCACUGACAGGGAGAGUGUGACUGGGCUUUUGGGCGCAGCAUUUUUAAAUUUCUAAGGUUGCAAAGGAAGGAGUCACAAUUUUUGUUUAUUUGGUUAUAGGAAAAUAAAAUAAAAAUUCUUUAAGCAAUUGCAACACAGACCAAAUGCUAUCUGGAACUCAAAUGAACUUAACCACUGCCCCCGGCUGGGUUUUACAGAGGGGUCAUAGUUGGAGGAAUGGAAACCUGUCAUAGUCCUUGGAAAUGAGCAGCUGAGAUGGUGUAUCUGUCAGGAACUGAGUGCGGGGGUAGGGCUCAGACACUGACUAAGGAACUGAGCCUGGCUCUCCAUAUCAAUAGAAGUUUGCACAAAAAAUGGAAUGGCUUGUGUUUCUUGGGAGCCAUGUUGGAACGUUUGAUUGUCAGAAAGUCUCCCUGUAUGUUGUUCUUGGCUAAUCUCUGUAUUAAAAAGCUACUUGAAAAUUUGGAUAGUUUGUCUCACAUAUUAUCCCUCUGUCUGAUUUGCUCUUUUGCCCCACAUUUUUCUGAGUGGAUUUUCUACAUGAACUGAAAUGACAUUUUAACAGAACAGUAUUUUGAGAGGAAAGUAUUUUCUUUGUGUAAUUAAUUUACACAGUGAGAACUUACCUCUUGCUGUACAGAAUCACCAAAUUGGGUCAUUGUAAAUGAAGAGAGCUGGCUGAGUGAGAUUUACAGAUGUGGCUUCAAAUUCUCUGAACACUUGAACAUUUUUCCAUAUACUUUGAGGACACAUUGAUGAGAUGCUGAAUAGAGCUUCUCUGUGGAAUUAACAUUACAGGAAUUUCAAUAGAAUAGGUGGAUUUCCCAAACUUCCUUUGUACUUCAGUUUUAUAGAUGAAAAUGCUGCUUUCAUAUAUUAAGAUUUUUUUCCAUUCUGUGAAUUUUAUGAUAUAUAUUUUUAACUAUUUGUAUGACUGACUGUUUUUGUAUAUGGUACCCCAAAUUUACUUUUUAAUCAUAUUCAUUCUAAAGAAUGUUAUGGGGCAAUGGAAACAUGCCUUAAUACUUAUAAUUUCAUAAAAUAUUUAGGAGCCUGCUACCUCUUCUUGGUCCUCAACAUAUUCUGAAAGUAGACCAGAAAAAUUGUAUACUCCUUUCCUUCAAAAGUCCUAUCUUCAGUGCUUAAAUUUAGUGUCCCUGGAGAUUUUGAAAAAGCAGAAUUAUUAGUGUGUGGAUUCCCUCAUGGGCUCCUGCAUCUCCCCUGCCAUGUGCAGCUCACCACAAGGCUUCCCUCGUUGGAAUCAUCUCUUCUUUGUGGAUUGCAGUAUCUUUUCUUUAUGAAUGAGGCAGGCUGAACUGUAGAGUAUGGAAUUCAUUAGAAGUUUAUGUAUGUGGGUGGAAUGUUUCCAUGUCUUUGCAGUGAAUGUUAAAUUUAACUGUUGGCUCUGGGAACUUUUUGCUUAGGAACUGCAGGGGGAAAGAAGAAGUUUGGGUAGGCAUAUAUACAAAUUGCACAUUGUGUUUGCCUGCGUGGAAAUAUGUGGGGCAGCUUCAGGUGGAAGUAUCUCCCAUCAUGGUGUGGGGAAAGGAAAGUUACAAGUGUCAAAUGCUAACUUCUGUAAAGCUCUAAGAUUGUAUUUAAAGUACCUUUUUUUUUUUUGUAUUUAAAGUUGCUCUUUGGUCUUUUUUAUAGAUUUUUUUUGUCUUUUUCAUUUUUAUUGGUACCGGGGAUCGAACUCACGACUGCCUGCUUGCAAGGCAGGCGCUUAUGCCUCUGAGCUAAAUCCCCAGCCCUAAAGUUGCUCUUUUAUCUGCUCACAAAAGUACAACUGUUGCAUCUUUUUUGAUUUUUUGCCUAUUGGCUUGGCUGCCCCUAUCCUUUAUCAUUUUAGCCUAGUCUUCCUGUUGUCCAAGUUGUGUGCAUUUUUAUUUGUUCGUUUGCUUUUUCUUUUGAACUAUUGCUUAUCAAAAUGAUGAUGUUAUCUCAAAUCCUGAAACCAAGGGACUAGGCAUUAUCCAGGACUUGGGGUGGACAUGGGAUUGGUAUUGAUGUAGCUUACAUACUACGAGCUUCCAGAAAUAAACUUUAUUGAGGCAUAACAUAGCUUUAAAGAAGUCAUGUUUAUUUAUAACAUUUGGAGAACAACCUCUGAUGGGUCUUUGUUCUUGUGAAAUCAGUCUUUCAUGUAAAUACCAUAUUGAUGGGCAUACCCCAUAAUCUGGAUGAUUGUUUGCUAUCAGUGAAUAGAUAAGAUUUCAAUUGUAGUAUCUUAUAAAAAGCAUAAUUUUAUCAUUUUUCUCCUCUUUUCUAAGCAUAUUGAAAAGAAUGUUUCUUAUGUGCUGUGAAAUAUUUUUUCGAAUCCAUGUUUUUGAGCAAGGAAAUGGCUGAGAUUUUAAGCCAAAUGGUGGUUACAUGGCUCGUGUGGCUCCGCAUUCACCCCCUCAAAAGGAAAACAAAGUUGAGAAAUUAAGUUGAACUUGAACCCCUCUGAUGGUGAGGAGCAUUUGCUUUGAUUUCCUAUCUCAGGAUUAUUCUUCAGCUUCAUACUGCUGCUGAGGAGGAAAGAACUAGCUGCUGACACUGUAACUGGUUCCCAGAUGUUUGUAUGUAUAUGGAUGUACAGCUUUACAACUUGUGUGUUGUGUUCAAUGUAUUGUCAAUCUAUGAACUGACUCAGAUGACAGUUUCACUAGUGAGAAGAAAGCAAUAAGGGCAAAGAAAAAAAAAAAAGAAGCAAAAACCCAACCACCUCUUUCUAUUAAAGUGCUUGGUGUGAUUUUCAUAGCUGGGACAAACCACAUCAGCAUUCAGAAACAAGGUGUCCUUGAAUGAGAUGGUGUGUUGAUUUCAUAACAACUGAACAACCAAUAAAAGACAUUUUAAAAAGUA